ACAUUAGGCCAUUCCGUAAUUUUAUUUAAGGAAAUAAUGAAGCAUAUUAGUAAUGUAUUUAUUGUGGUUUAAUAAAAAAACUUGUUAUAUAUUUAAAUGGACCAACCUAUUUAUCUAAGGAUUCUAAGAAUCAUUUUAGUGAUGACAUGUGGCUACAAAAAAAUGUUGCAAUGCUUCUCAAAUAAUAUAUAGCAGAUAUUUUCAUAUUUACAUUUUGGUUAUUAAAACGUGUAAUGUCAUAUUAAAACCAGGGUAAAUAUGUCUUAUCAUAUACAAGAAAGUAGAAUGUUCAAAAAAAGAAAAAAAGAGUAUAUUUUUCAAAUUUUAAAUGAUAAACGGUGUAUUUUACUAAUUAUCCCUAUUAAUUUUCGAUUUUUGCAUUUAAGCUAAUAUCGAAAAUGGAAAAAAGAAAACUUAUAAUUGAAAAUUCAACAGUUUAAUCAAUGAGCUUAAGCUGUUCUUGACAGAAUGUUUCACUGAGUUCGAGUUUCAGCUAUCUCUGUCGCCGAUAUCUCUCACAUUGGAGACAUCAUCAGUUUAGGCUAAGUUGAUCAGUUAAUUCUAAAUUUUAUUUUAGAGAAAAUGUGAGAUGAAAACUCGGAAAUGCUAAGAAUAGAAAGAAACGAGUCUAAAUUUGAAGGCUUUCAAUGGUUUGAGGAGAUGAGCGGUUUCUUCUUUGAAUUACAUAAUUAGUUAAAAGAGGAAACGACAAGAAAAGAUGAAAUGUAGAAGAAAAAGGCAUUGCAGAUUUCUUCAUGCUGCUUUUGAUCGAAUGAUUUUAGGUUUUACAUUUUGUCUUUUUCAGCAUAUAGUUCAUGAUCUUCUCUUGUGUAUGUGUACAUCCAUAUGAUUUGUUGUUUGGACAAGAAAACAUAUGCUUUCUUAGGUAUUGUUCAAGGUUAUAUAUAGGUCUCUAGAAAAAAAAAAGCAAAAAUGAGCAAGGAACAAAGCUGUGUUCUAAAAGCUUGGGAGGUGACGAUGAGAAAGACCCAACAAGCCAAGAAACGUGCAAACAGUAUUUUUGGGACGGUACCGGUAGCUCUACAGACAGAUGAUGAUGCUACUACAACAACCGAGGAGAAUGAUGAUCAUGAGAGCAGCACUAACACAAGCAGCGUAGGUGAACUGUACCAAGAAGAGAGAGUGCUUCCCAAUGGAGACUAUUACACAGGUCAAUGGUACGAUAGUUUUCCCCACGGGCACGGUAAGUAUCUAUGGACAGAUGGUUGCAUGUACAUUGGUGAGUGGUACAACGGGAAGACUAUGGGGAAAGGCAAGUUCGGUUGGCCUUCUGGUGCCAUGUAUGAAGGCGAGUUCAAAAGCGGGUACAUGGAUGGGACUGGCACUUACACAGGUCCUAGUGGAGAUACUUAUAAAGGCCAGUGGGUGAUGAACUUAAAACAUGGACAUGGGAUCAAGAGUUUUGCAAACGGAGAUGUGUAUGACGGUGAAUGGAGGAGAGGGUUGCAAGAAGCUCAAGGGAAGUAUCGUUGGAGAGAUGGGAGUUAUUACAUUGGUGAAUGGAAGAACGGUACUAUUAGUGGCAAAGGUACUUUUGUUUGGUCGAGGGAUGGUAAUAGAUACGAUGGAUUUUGGGAUGAUGGUUUCCCUAGUGGUAAUGGGACAUUCAAAUGGGACGAUGGGAGCUUCUACGUUGGUCAUUGGUCUAAAGAUCCUGAAGAAAUGAACGGUACUUACUAUCCAUCAGGGAAAGAAGGGGCUCUUGAUUGGGAUCCUAAAGACGUGUUUGAUAAUCUGAGUGAGUACAAGAUUUGUAGUGGAGAGAGGGUUCCUGUGUUGCCUUCACAGAAGAAGCUCUCUGUUUGGAACUCUUCCAAGCGUGUUGAGAAGCCAAGGAGGAUAUCUGUUGAUGGGAGGGUAAGCGUUGGUUUGGAUAGAGCGUUUGAGAAGAUGAAUAUGUGGGGAAGUGAGAGUGGUGAAGGCGCUGCUGACAUUGAUUCAACCACAAGGAGAGAUUUGGAUGCUGAGAUAAUGAGACUUGAGGCUGAAGGAUUGAUUCAGAGCUUGAGACCUAGUCCUGUGCCUAUGAGAUUGCCCAAGGCAGGGAAGAAGCAAGGCGAGACAAUAUCGAAAGGUCAUAGGAAUUACGAGCUUAUGCUUAAUCUACAGCUUGGAAUCAGACAUGCUGUUGGAAAACAAGCUCAGGUUGUGUCUCUUGAUCUUAAGCAUUCAGCUUUUGAUCCAAAGGAAAAGCUGUGGACAAGAUUUCCACCAGAAGGAACCAAAUACACACCUCCUCAUCAAUCUAGUGAAUUCAAAUGGAAAGACUAUUGCCCAUUAGUUUUUAGGAGCUUGAGGAAGCUAUUCAAGGUAGAUCCAGCUGAUUACAUGUUAUCAAUCUGCGGUAAUGAUGCCCUUAGGGAGCUAUCAUCCCCUGGUAAAAGUGGAAGCUUUUUCUACUUGACAAACGAUGAUCGUUACAUGAUAAAGACAAUGAAGAAGUCUGAGACUAAAGUGCUUCUGAGAAUGCUUGCUGCUUAUUACAACCAUGUUAGAGCAUUUGAGAACACUUUGGUGAUUAGAUUCUACGGUCUCCAUUGUGUGAAGUUGACUGGAACAAUCCAAAAGAAGGUACGGUUUGUCAUUAUGGGGAAUCUAUUUUGUUCAGAGUACUCUAUCCACAGACGCUUUGAUCUUAAAGGAUCUUCGCUUGGCCGUACAACCGAUAAGCCUGAAUCAGAAAUCAACUCAAACACAAUCUUGAAAGAUCUUGAUUUGAAUUUCAUUUUCAGGCUACAGAAAGCUUGGUUUCAAGAAUUCAUUAGACAAGUCGACAAAGACUGUGAGUUUCUAGAACAGGAGAGGAUCAUGGACUACAGUCUUCUGGUUGGGAUUCAUUUCAGAGAAGCAUCAGUCGCUGGAGAGUUGAUACCUUCUGGAGCACGCACGCCUAUUGGUGAGUUUGAAGAUGAAACAGCCCCUCGUCUCUCAAGAGUAGACGUAGAUCAGCUUCUAUCCGAUCCCACAAGGUGGGCUAGUAUCAGACUUGGUGGAAACAUGCCGGCUCGAGCAGAGAGGACAAUGAGAAGGAGCGACUGUGAGUUCCAGCUAGUUGGGGAACCAACAGGAGAGUACUAUGAAGUUGUAAUGAUCUUUGGAAUCAUAGACAUUCUUCAAGACUACGACAUUAGCAAGAAACUUGAACAUGCUUACAAGAGUAUCCAGUACGAUCCUACUUCAAUCUCAGCCGUUGAUCCGAGGCUGUACUCGAGACGCUUCCGUGAUUUUAUCUUCAAGGUCUUCACUGCGGACGAUUGAAACAAGUCUUCUCUGUUUCUGGCCUUUUAGGUUUCUUGUGCGCCAAGAAAUGAAGGCUUAGGUUUUAUAUACUCACAUUCGGCAAUGGUUAUGCAGCCACUACUUUAUUUUAUUUCAUAAACUGUAUUAAUUCUACAAUAAACUAAGGGGAAAAUCGCAUUUUAAACCCUGAGAGUGUCACGUUCUCACACUUUAAACACUGAAGGUUUUUGACUAACACUUUAAACCUUGAAAGUGACAUUUUUAUCAUAACAAACCCCCCAAAUCAAUUAGGUAACCUGUACUAUGCAUUUUGUGAUGAUGUGACAGUUUUUUUUCUUAAAAAAAAUAAAAUAUAUAGAAAAAUUGAAAAAAAUUGAAAAAGUCGAAAAAAUCAAAAAAAUCGAAAAAAAUCGAAAAAAUCUAAAAUUUCAAAAAAUAUAAAAAAUAACAUUUCAAAAUUAAAAAAAAAAAUUUUAAAAAUUAAUUCAGUUAUAAACCAAUAAGUAUAUAUAAUAUAAUAACUUGAAUGCUGAUUCUAGAUUCUGGUUUUUGGUUUUUGAUUGUUUUUUAAUUUUUUGAUUUAUUAAUACUUAACUUGUUAAAUUUUCAAAAUUAAUCCUAUUAUUGGUAUUAUUUAUUAAAUGAUAUUUAUUUUAGUAAUUUUAAUUUUGUUUAAAAAGAAAUUAACUUAUAAGUGAAGUUCUUAAAAAUAGUAAAUAACUUUGAAAUUAAAUAAAUAACUAAUCAAACUCUAGAGAAACUAAAAUAUAUGUUACUUAUCUAAGAAGCUCCACUCAUACCAAAAACUAACAUAUACAAAUCUAAAGACAUUCCUCUCUAUCUCUUAAUUAUAUUUCAAACUAACUUACAGUAUUUUAUUUAAGGUCAAAAACAUUUUAAGUGGUCUAUGAGAUAUUUUCUUGUUUCACAAAAAUUUAAUAAGUUAAGUAUUAAUAAAUCAAAUUUUUUUAAAAAAAAAUCUAAAACCAAAAAAACAGAAUCUAGUAUCACUAUUCAAGUUAUUAUAUUAUAUAUAUUUAUUGGUUUAUAACUGGAUUAUUUUUUUAAAAAUAUUUUAUUUUAUUUUUAAUUUUGAAAUGUUAUUUUUAUAUUUUCUGAAUUUUUCAAAAAAAAUCAAAUUUUUGAAUUUUCUAUGUAUUUUAUUUUUUUUAAAGAAAAAAAAAGAAAGAAACCAACACGUCAUCGUAAAAUGAGCAAUACAUGUCACCUCGUUGACUUGGUAAACAAGUAAAUCUCAUUGGAGAUUUGUUAUGAUAAAAAUGUCACUUUCAAGGUUUAAUGUGCUAGUAAAAAAUGUUCAGUGUUUAAAGUGCGAGAAUGUGACACUCUCAGGGUUUAAAAUGUGAUUUUCCCUAAGGAAAAGUGUUUCAAACAAAGUAAAAAAUAAUAAGUACGUGACAAAAGUUGACGUCUUUAGCAGUGGAUAAUUUUUAUGAGAAAUUCGACCUAAAAAAUGAUUUUAUCACAAAUAUAGACCUUGAAAAUAAAAAUGAUCAAAAUAGACUUAAAUAUUUUAUCAAAAGAAAUAAAUAUACAUUUUUUUAUCCCUAGGGUUAAUUAAUCUAAACAUUAUGGUUUAUAGUUAAGGAGUGAAGUUUAAGGUUUAAGUUUAGGAUUUAGGAUUUAUGGUUUAGAGUUUAGGGUUUCAGGUUUACAGUUGAGGAGUGGGGUUUUGGGAUAUGAUUUCAAAUUUUAAAAAAUAAAUAAAAUUUAAAAUUUUCAAAAUAAAAAAUACUAUUUUAGUCAUUUUAGUUUUUGAGAUCUAUUUUUGUGAUACAAACUUAAAAAUAUUUAUACGAGAGAAUUGACUUUUUUUUUAUUUCACUUCUAUUUUUUGUUAGGAUAAAUACACUAUGAACUAAUCUUCUUUUUUUUUGACAUCCACUAUGAACUAAUCACAUAAACGAGUUCUCACAUAUCUCGUACAGCAUCUUUUCACGUAACGCUUCGAAAUUCAUUUUGUAAUAACUAUCCGUGUUUUCCAUUUGAAGAUGAAAAGUGUAGAAAAGCCUUUCCUCUUGCGACCUUGAAAAUGAAACAUCCACAAGAACAAACCCCAUCUUCUUCUAGUCCAGUUAAUACAUUGGAUAUUGAGAAGUUAUGAAUCAAUUGGACGAUGAAAUUUGGACCAUCACUUCGUUGUCUCCAAGCCUAGUAACGGGAACAGUGGAUAUAUAACUUGACACUGCCUUUGGUUGUGGCUUAACGUAAUGUUCAAUGCCUCUUUGAUCCGAUACACGAAUUAAUCAAGAGUUCUUCCUUAUUCUGUAAUAACUUCUUCGCUUGCUCAUGCACCUCUGGUAUGUACUUUAAGCUCCGUGAAUUGGUUUCAGAAAUACUUAGCUUCCUCUGCAAGAAAGUAAAGGAAAAAGGAUCUCAGCAUUUUUGUUCUAGAUGGUAUAGAUGCAAACACAAACGUAUUUAUUCUGUUAAAUUUAUGGAGUUCCAACUUAAAAUUAAUUGACGUGUAACUUAUUGAUAUAUUAGAUAUCCUUUUGUAUAUUACUGUAGGUCUUAUCUCACUGCAAGAUUCCGAGCACAUUCUUUUAAAACGUCCAAAAUAUAAGGGACGCCAGAAUAGUUACUUACCGAUUGAUCUAAGGUUGGAAGACUUGAGCGGAGAGAUGAAAAUAAAGAGUUGAUCUUCUUGCGACGGUCACGCUCACUAGCAUUGCGAUUACGCUUCUUGAUAACAAAUACAUAUAUUAUAAAGCUGCGUUAAAAUAUGUUAUAAAAUUUUUUUUAUCUUUUAUAGACUCUAUUGGCCGGUUGGCUCCAGGAAAAACGUAUUUAGUGUUUAGAGUGAAUUAGUCCGAAAUCAUACCAACGUGUAUGACCCAAAUUUAAACCAAUUGUCUGUCACGGUCUACAUGUUCACCAUCUGUGACGAAACCCAAGUCCAAGUUAAUUAAACAGUGAUAAUUUAGUUUUCAGCAGAAAUGAAAUUUAAAACCGAUAUGGAUACACACCGAGUUCAAAAAGAUUACAAUCAAACUACCACUGCUUAAUUUUGUUUUGGUCAACUACCACUGCUUGGUUAAAACCUCUGUUCAUUAAAAUUAUAUAAAAUUAUACAUGUAUUACAUAUAAUACAUGUAUCAAAACUAUAAGAAGAUUAUUUAUUUGUGUAUUGAAAGAUGAGUCAGCUUAAAGAAAUUGUUGGCGUUUCGUUGAAAUCAGGUGGAAGAUGCUUUGGGCAUUCUCCUCGUCCCAAUCAUUUUCGAUGGUAAGCCUAUACAUGAGCAUCCACAUGACAUGAUGUAAGCCUAUACAUAAGCAUUUUUGGAAUUUAGUGUCUUUCUUAAAUACAUGCAGCCUCAUUAUUUAGCACAAUAAAGCCAUUACAAUAUUUAGGUCAACACGAUGCCCAUCUAUGUCUACACUAAAAUAUGUUCUGAUUUAGUUAUUCUUCCAAGAACUGGUAAAAAAUAUUCCCAAACUCUAAAUGUGAGCCAAUGAGGUUAGAUUCUUAUGACCCACAUUUCCAAACUAAUAUAAUAUUUUGAAAGGUACACCGUACACCCACCAACCUGUAAAUUAUUCUAUUUGAUGUCAUAAGUAUGUUUUAAACCAAGCCAAAGAAACCAAAAUUAUCUAAAGCUUUUUAUUUUUUACUUCACCUAGAUAAACCAAAUUCAAAGAUUUAUUUAUUUAUUUAUUUUUUACUUCACCUAGAUAAACCAAGCCAUAACCAAAUUAAUAAUAAGUGUUAUACAACUUAUCAUACCAUAAAAAUAAAUAUUUGGUUCUAUAAAUAGGGUAUGUAGCUUCUUGAUACGAGCCAGCAGACCCAACCCUGAUAAGAAGCAUGGGCGAAGCCAGCAUCAUUUUUUAGCGGGUGCACAAACUACAAAAAAAUUGGAAGUUCAAAAAGGGAAUCAAACCUGAGAUAUUAAGGUGGUGCACUUAUGCAUUAAGCCAUCACAACUAACAGAGUUCUGUGACUAUUUACAUACUAAAUCAGUGUUACUAAAAAUAUUAUGGGUACAUGUGCUACCAUAGGGGCUUUACUUGCUUCGCCCCUGGAAGCAUGGGCUUUCAACCCUAAAAAAGUAUAUACUAUUUUUGACCGAUUAUGUUAAAUUGUUUCUUUAGUCUAGUGGUUAUUAGUGAAGUUGGAACCCAACACCAUAAGUUCAAACCAUGGGUGGAUCAUAACCAGCCUUAUUUUUUGAAAUAGCUUCUAAUCACAAGGACCGCUACUGCGAACCCGAGGCUAUGUUCCUCGUAUGAACCAGGUUCAGUUACCAUUGGAGAUAUUGUAUGAGAAUCCAAACACGAAUAUUAAACGUAUCAAAACUAUAAGAAGAUUAUUAUUUACAUAUUGAAUGAUGGCUCAGCUUAAAGAAACUGUUGGCGGCUCGUGGAAAUCAGGUGGAAGAUGCUUUGGGCGUUUUCCUCGUCCCAUUCAUUUUCGAUUGUGUAAGCCUAUACAUGAGCAUCUACAUGAUGUAAGCCUAUACAUAAGCAUUUUUGGAAUUUAGUGUCUUUCGUAUCUAAAUGCAGCCUCAUUAUUUAACACAAUAAAGCCAUUAUAAUAUUUUAAGCCAUCUUGAUGCCAUCUAUGUCUACACACUGAUUCAGUUAUUCUUCUAAAUAACUGGUCAAAAUAUUCUCAAAUUGUAAACGUAAACCAAUAAGGUUUCAUCAGAGCCGGCCAUAAGAUUUUGGAGCCGCUGAUGAUUUAAUAAAUAUAUCAACUACUUUUUAACAAAUUUGGAGGCUUACAUCUAUGUAAUUUUUUUAAUAAAAAUUUGGAGGCCCUCUCUAAACCUUUUUUUUCAUUUCUUUGGAGUGAAUUCAACUCCAUAAUAGAGUUAAUUACUUUAUUUUAGAGUAAAAAAUGGAAAAACUUAUUGUGUACCAUUGGAGAUGCCAUUUUUGGAUAUGUUUCCUCUGUCAAAUGCAUAGGCUAAUUCGUGUCUCAGGCUGCAGUUUGAUUUUUUUACCUAGCCAAUUUCAGUAGAGCACUAAAACACCAAAUUUGGUGUAAUUUUAUUUUCAAUAAAAAAUCAAAAAUUACACCAUCCCACUAAAUUUGGUAUAGUUCAAUAAUUAUUAUUAAUUAGUCCAAAUUUGUAACAUAUAUUGUAUUAUUUUUAUUUUUAAUUAUUUUUAUAUAACUAAAUAUUUUUUAUUUUAUUUUCAAGUAAAAAAUCACUAAAUGAUUAUUAUCAUUUACUUCGUAUUGUUAAAAGUAACAUAGAACAUUAUAUUUUAUUUUAAUAAUAGAAAUUUAAUUAGUAUUUUAUAAAAUAUAGAAAUUAAUAAUAUAAGCUGGAUAAGAUUAAAAUAGAUAUUAAAUUUGAAAUAAACACUCAAAACAUAAAAUAAAUAUAUUAUUUUCCUAUGUGCUUUUCAUAAUUAAUAUUUUGUAAUUUUUAAUAUAAUUUUAUAUUAAAUAAAUAAAAGUAUAAUACUAUAAACCAAAAAAUAUAAUUGUAAAUAAAUUUUAUAAACAUAAAAUUACAAAAAAAAACUUUAAAACAUAACAUCUGGGUAUGAAAAAAUAAUUAUCUAUCAGUUACAAAUAAUAAAAAUAUUAAAAUUGAAAACAACAAAUAAUCAUCCUCCGAGUAGUUCUCCAAGCCUAAUAGGAACAUUACUUUGAUGUAAUAUUUGGUGUUAUGGUUAGAGAUGACACUAAAAUAUCAAAUAUAGUGAAAUUUCAACGUUAAAUUUGGUGUUAUGGUUGGAGAUGCUCUGAUAGAUCAGUUAAGAAAAAUUCGGUAAACUAUCGGAUUACUCGAAUGAGACCAAAAGUAUUAUUUUUAAAAGCGAUAAUAAUAUAGUAAAAUACUUAUAUAUGUUUACAGAAAAACAGUGAUUUCCUUUUUCAAAAACAUUAUACGAGAAUGCUAUUAUUCUGAUUCAUUUUUACGUGAAUUUGAUUACCAAAAAAAAAUUUUUUUAUGUGAAUUUUGGAAGCUGCCCAGUAUAUUCUCUCAUAGUAUAUACUUGUAUAGUAUUCCAAGGUCAAUGGACUACCAUGGCUUCUCAUUUAUUUUAGCGAUGCCAGGACCGCUUAUUAAUUAAUUAGUGUAACGUGCUCACUUGCACAAUUAGAACUCGCUUUUAAAUACAUGUAUAAAAUCAUCAUAAAAGCAUCAACAUAAUUAAUAAUAUAUUAUAUUGUUUGUCAGACAACUUAUUUAUUAAUAAGCAGGAUACUUUCAAUAACAAAAGGUCCAUCUAAAACGUCGGCCAAAACAUAUUUAUAUUAGUAUGUGUAACCGGUAAUGUUGAAUCGAAGUGUAAAAAAAAAAUAUUGCUGUAAGAGCAUCUUCUAAUAUACUGAGAAUUUCUGGUAAAAAAAUAAUUUAAUUACAUAUUUAUGUUUUUAAUAAAAAAUACUUGAAUUAUAGGUUAAUGGCAAGUAAACAUAAGAAUUCUAAUAAGUAUCUAAGAAAUUCUAAAACACAAACUGUUCAUUAAGAUAAAAUAUUUACAAAUUUUUAAAAUUCAGCAUUCCGUGUUUUUAUAAAUAAUUUGAAUACUAUCUUAUUUUCUAAUCAAUAAUUUAACAUUCGUUCACUUUUUACAUUUUACCGUCAUUUUAUUUAAUAAAAUUAUAUAUUUUGUUUUAUUAUUUUAUAACUAUUUAAUUUUAAAAGCUACCAAAAUAACUAAUACCUGUUUGAAUAUUAAAGAAUAUUAUUUGAAUUUAUUCACUAAAAAUAUAUUUAAGUGCUAAAUUUUAUUCAAAAUAAUAAAAUAUUAUCAUAAUAAUAUAUUUUAUCCAGAUGAAAUAAAUUUAAUUUUUAUUUAUAUAAAAAAAUUAUAGAUUAAUACUUAAUUAAUUUAUUAUAAAAUUAAUUUAAACUAAUUUAAAAUACAUGAAUAUAAUUAGUGUUCUUUAAACGCCAGUGCAAUGUGUACAAUUAAUAAAGAUGGGACAUUUUCCACCCAUAGAUUUUAUAUCAUCUAUAUUAAAUUUUGGAGAGAUUGGUUGAAUUUGUCCUUUUUAAAAUUUCAAACAUAUGGUUAAAUAUUUAGGCUUUUCAAUUUUUGAAAUUUUUUCUUAUAAUAAAAAUUUCUAGAUCCGCUGUUGCUUGUGACUAUCGUGGUUUCUAGCUCAUUUUUUUUAUCUAAUAUGUUAAUUUGUUUAUAUCAAAUAAUCUACAUCAUCUAAUUUGACUCUUCAACGUAUUUAUAGUUAUUAUUCAGCGGUAAAAAAAUGUAUUCUAACCUUUCCAUUGUUAAUACUAAAUAGUAUAGUAUUAUACAAAUAUUUGGAUCUCAAGACGAAGCUUGGCAUAUGGCAGAGUAUGUGGGAGAACUAUGUUCAGUCACCAAGUAAACUAGUCAGAGUUAAAUAUGAAUAUUGCAUGAACUAAAAAACUUAAGAAAAAUACACUCAUUAAGAUAAAGAAUUAUAUUCUGUUCAUUUCAAAAUAAUGUAUAUUUAAAGUUUAAAUAUAUAUUAAAAAUAUGUUAGGUCUUAAUUAUAAAUAUAUAUUUUUAUGAGUAACUGUUUUUUAUAAAUUUUAUCCAACCGAAAUUCAAUAAACAUAAUUAAUUUGUUCAAAAUUUACAGAUAUAAUUAUUACCUAUAUAUCGAAAAAACUGGCUCGUGAAAAUCAUGUGGAAGAAGCUUCGGGUAAACAUUUUAAUGUUGUAACUUGUAAGCAUACACAUAAGCAAUUUCCUUUUUUAUGUGGUAAACAUCAAAUUAAACACUUUUAAAAAAUUUAAAUCCAUAAUCAUAAUCAACCAAAGGUGGUGAUCUAAUGGUAGAUAGAUUCUAGGGAGUUAAGUAACCCAAAUUCAAAGACAUCCCACUAUGUUUUACUUUUUUUUUUUUUUGGUAAAAUGUUAAAUUAUUAUACCAAUUUUCGGUUUUGAGACAGAAAUUACACAGUGAACAAGUAGCGGAAUGCGGAAAA